AUGAGUAUUCGUGGCCUUUUGAGGUGGCAAGUGUUCUGGAUUUAUCAAUAUGUUCUCCUGUGGAAUACAAUAGAGGCACAGAUUCGAUACACCAUACCUGAGGAAUUGAACGUGGGCUCUGUUGUUGGGAAUAUAGCUAAGGACUUUGGUUUGGGAAUAUCUGAGCUUUAUGACCGUAAACUAAGGAUAGCCUCUGAUGCUGGUAAGCAGUAUUUCAGUGUGGAUUUGGAAAAGGGUGAACUGGUUGUCAAUGAGAGGAUAGACAGAGAGGAGUUAUGUGGAGAGAGCGUCCCAUGUCUGUUUCCAUUGGAGGUUAUAGUUGAACAUCCCUUACAGCUGCAUCGCAUUGAAAUCGACAUACAGGAUAUAAAUGAUCAUUCUCCGAGUUUCCUUACAAAUGACAGGGUUUUGAAAAUAGCUGAGUCUAUCACUGCAGGUGCGAAGUUCACAAUGGAAAGCGCACAUGACCCUGACGUAGCCUCAAACUCCUUACGGUCCUAUAGCGUCAGUGAUAAUGAUAAUUUCUUGUUAAAUGUGAAGACCCAAGAUGGCACAAAAAUACCAGAGCUUGUGCUAAAGACUUCAUUAGACAGAGAGAAGAAGGCAGUUCAUAAGCUCGUGCUCACCGCUGUAGACGGAGGGAAUCCUGCACAAUCUGGCACCUCUGAAAUCACGGUCAUAGUGUUAGAUAUUAACGAUAACGCACCCCAAUUUAAAAUACCAUUUUAUGAAGUAUCUGUCGCUGAGAAUAAACCAGUUGGCACCACGGUUCUAAACGUCAAAGCAACUGAUUCUGACGAAGGACUAAAUGGAGUGAUCGAGUAUUUCUUUGCAGACCAAACCCCCGAUACAAUAAUGUCAUUACUUGAUGUUGAUUCAAAUACUGGAGAUGUAACUAUCAAAGGGCAGCUUGAUUAUGAACAAAUACAUUUGCAUAAAUUCGACAUAAUGGCAAAAGAUAAAGGCAAUCCACAAAUGGAGGGACAAUGCAGUAUAAAGGUAAAGAUUGCUGAUGUUAAUGAUAAUGCCCCUGAAAUUAUUAUAACCUCACUCACCAGUCCAAUACCGGAGAAUUCAUCCCCUGGAGUGGUUAUUGCAUUGAUUAGCGCUAAAGACUUAGAUGGUGGUGAGAAUGGCAAAGUAAAGUUAAACAUGACACCGGGCUCACCGUUCACCCUGAAGCCCUCCGUCUCCAACCAUUACGCACUGGUGACCAACGGCCCAUUAGACCGAGAGACGUUCCCGGAGUAUGAUGUUGUCAUAACCGCAGUUGAUUCAGGGUACCCACCUUUAUCUACAAAAAAAACCGUGACUGUGGAAAUCUUAGAUGUAAAUGAUAACCCUCCAGUGUUUUCCCAGCCCUCGUAUACUGUUUAUGUUAAAGAAAAUGGCACCCCGGGAUCUAUCCUGCGCUCUGUGUCCGCCUCUGAUACAGACAUGGGUGAAAAUGCCAAGAUUUCCUAUUCUAUAUUAGACUCUAAAGUACAAGACGUGUCUGUCUCCUCCUAUAUUUACAUAAACUCAGAUAACGGCAGCAUCUACAGCAUGCACUCGUUUGACUAUGAGAAACUGAAAGUGUUUCAGAUUCAGGUGCAGGCAAAGGACCACGGCUCUCCGUCUCUGAGCAGCAACGUCACGGUUCAUGUUUUUAUCCUGGACCAGAACGACAAUGCCCCGGCUGUUAUUUACCCCUCCGCUGUCAUGGCCUCUGUCUCCCAUCAGAAGAUGACCCGGUCCGCUAAAGCAGGCCACCUCGCCACUAAGAUAUCGGCAGUGGACGCAGACUCGGGCCAUAACGCCUGGAUUUCCUAUUGGCUGGCAGAGGCCACAGACUCGUCUCUGUUCAGUGUUAGUCUUUACACAGGUGAGGUGAGGACAAAACGUGCUGUUUCAGAGCAGGAUGACUCCUCUCAGAGGCUGCUUAUAGAGAUAAAGGACAAUGGGGAGCAGGCCCAGUCCACCACAGUCACAGUCAAUAUACUGUUAGAGGACGGGCUACGCGAACCCAUAUCGGACUACCGCCAGAAAACUGCAGAACCCAGCAGGAGAAACAGUAAAAUCACCUUUUAUUUGAUCAUCUCUCUGGCCUCAGUGUCCGUCUUGUCUUUGUUAACUUUUCUCAUCUUAGUGGUGAAGUGCGUUAGAAACAGUAGGAGCAGCUCGAGUUGCUGUAUCAGACGAGCUGACUCUGACGGAUACAAGAAUCCCAACAGAAACCUGCAGAUCCAGCUCAACACUGACGGCCCUAUUAAGUAUGUGGAGGUCUUGGGAGGGGACCUGUUGUCUCAGAGCCAGUCGUUCAGGUCGUGUCUCUCUCCAAUGUCAGAGUUCAGUGAUUUCACCCUCGUUAAACCCAGCAGCACUACUGACUUUAAGGAAAUGAUAAACGUGCUUGAUGCAUCUUUACCUGACAGUGCGUGGACUUUCGAGAGCCAACAGGUGAGCACAAUUCCUGCUUAUAUUAGGGUUAUAUAA